AGGAUGGCUACCACUACCGAGACCGCAGCCACGGCCUCCUCGGCGCUCACGGUGAAGGAUGUCGCCCCCCACGACUUCAACAAGAAAUACACCGCGCACCUCAAGCGCUCGGGCAAGAUGGAGCUUCCUGAGUGGGUUGAUAUUGUGAAGACUGCAAGGUUCAAGGAGCUUCCUCCCAAUGAUCCUGAUUGCUACUACAUCAGAGCUGCUUCAAUUGCAAGGAAGAUCUACCUGAGGCAGGGUAUUGGGAUCGGUGGCUUCCAGAAGAUCUACGGUGGACGACAGAGGAACGGUUCACGCCCCCCGCACUUCUGCAAGAGCAGUGGUGCUAUUUCCCGCAACAUCCUGCAUGAGUUGCAGAAGAUGGGGAUCAUUGACGUUGAUCCCAAGGGUGGAAGGAUCAUCACCUCCCAGGGAAGGCGUGAUCUUGACCAGGUUGCUGGAACAGUUGCUCCUGAAGUCUGAUCAAUU